GUAAGAAUGUCUUUCCCUCCUCAUUUGAAUUGUCCUCCUAUGGGAAUCCCAACACUUCCACCAUGGAUUCCACCCCCACAGGUUCCUGGUUUUCCUCCGCCUGUACCGCCAGGAACUCCAAUGGUUCCUGUACCAAUGAGCAUUAUGGCUCCUCCUCCAGCUGUCUUAGUGCCCACAGUAUCCGUGGUUGGAAAGCAUUUAGGAGCCAGAAAAGACCAUCCAGGCUUAAAGAGUAAAGAAAAUGAUGAAAAUUGUGGCUCCACUACUACAGUUUUUGUUGGAAACAUUUCUGAGAAAGCUUCAGACAUGCUUAUAAGACAACUCCUAGCUAAAUGUGGUCUGGUUUUAAGCUGGAAGAGGGUACAGGGUACUUCUGGAGAAUGUCAAGCCUUUGGAUUCUGUGAAUAUAAGGACCCUGAAUCUACCCUCUGUGCACUCAGGUUAUUACAUGACCUGCAGAUUGGAGAGAAGAAGCUGCUCGUUAAAGUUGAUGCAAAGACAAAGACACAACUUGAUGAAUGGAAAGCAAAGAAGAAAGCCUCAAAUGGGGACACCAGACCAGAGACGGUCACUACUGAUAAUGAAGAAACCUUAGAUGAAGAAACAAAAAGAAGAGAUCAAAUGAUUAAAGGGGCCAUUGAAGUAUUAAUACGCGAAUACUCCAGUGAGCUCAAUGCCCCUUCACAGGAGUCUGAUGCUCAUCCUAGGAAGAAAAUGAAAGAAAAGAAAGAAGACAUUUUUCGCAGACUUCCAGUGGCCCCAUUGAUUCCUGAUCCACUCAUCACUAAGGAGGAUAUAAAUGCUAUAGAAAUGGAGGAGGACAAAAGAGAUCUGAUGUCCCGAGAGAUCAGCAAAUUCAGAGACACACACAAGAAACUGGAAGAAGAGAAAGGCAAAAAGGAGAAAGAAAGACAGGAAAUUGAGAAAGAACGGAGAGAAAGAGAGAGGGAGCAUGAAAGGGAACGAGAAAGACGAGAACGGGAACGCUUGCGGAAUAGGGAUCGUGACCGGGACCGCAUGUGGAAUAGGGAUCGUGACCGGGACCGCAUGUGGAAUAGGGAUCGUGACCGGGACCGCAUGUGGAAUAGGGAUCGUGACCGGGACCGCCAGCGUGACCGAGAAUGGAGCUCUGAUCGGAAUAAGGAUUGGAGUCGAUCAAGAGAGAAGAGCCGCAGAGACCGUGAACAGGAGCACGAGCGAGAGGACAAGAAACGUAAACGAGAGGAGGAUGAAGAAGAUGCAUAUGAAAGGAGAAAGCUGGAAAGAAAACUCCGAGAGAAGGAAGCUGCUUAUCAAGAGCAGCUUAAGAACUGGGAAAUCCGUGAACGAAAGAAAACCCGGGAAUAUGAAAAAGAAGCUGAGCGAAAAGAAGAAAGAAGGAGAGAGAUGGCAAAAGAAGCUAAGCUAUUGAAAGAAUUCUUAGAAGAUUAUGAUGAUGAUAGAGAUGAUCCCAAGUAUUACAGGGGAAGUGCUCUUCAGAAAAGAUUGCGUGAUAGGGAAAAGGAAAUGGAAGCAGAUGAACGUGAUAGGAAGAGAGAGAAGGAAGAACUGGAGGAAAUUAGGCAACGUCUUCUGGCAGAAGGACACCCAGAACCAGAUGCAGAGCUCCAAAGGAUGGAGCAAGAGGCUGAGAGACGUAGAAAACCACAAAUAAAGCAAGAACCAGAAUCAGAAGAAGAGGAGGAAGAAAAGCAAGAAAAAGAAGAAAAACGAGAAGAGCCUGUAGAAGAGGAAGUGAAACCAGAGCAGAAGGCUUGUCUGAAACCCACUUUGAGACCCAUCAGCUCUGCUCCAUCCAUUUCCUCUGCCAGAGGCAACACAACCCCCAACACACCUGCGGAUGAUUCUCCCUGUGGUAUUAUCAUUCCUCAUGAAAACUCACCUGAUCAACAACAGCCUGAAGAACAUUGGCCAAAAAUAGGAUUUAGUCUUAUACCGGGUGCUUCCAAUAGUCCUGGCCAACCUAAUUCUGUGAAGAGAAAGAAGAUACCUGCAGAUAAUGUCUUUAACAAAUAUGAGGAUAAAGACAGUGACAAUGUACCCCGAAAAAGGAAACGGGUUCCUUCGGACUAUGGUAAAGAUAAAAAUGCUACCCAAAGCACAGUGAACACGGAAGAAAAGCGCAAGCACAUUAAAAGCCUCAUUGAGAAAAUUCCCACAGCCAAACCCGAGCUCUUUGCCUAUCCCCUUGAUUGGUCCUUUGUGGAUUCAAUAUUGGUGGAACACCAAAUUAGACCAUGGAUUAAUAAGAAAAUGAUAGAAUACAUAGGUGAAGAAGAAACUACAUUUGUUGAUUUUGUUUGUUCUAAGGUUAUGGCUCAUAGUUCACCUCAGAGCAUUUUAGAUGAUGUAGCCAUGGUACUUGAUGAAGAAGCAGAAGUUUUUAUAGUCAAAUUGUGGAGAUUAUUGAUAUAUGAAACAGAAGCUAAGAAAAUUGGUCUUGUGAAGUAA